AUCGCAAGCGCGAACAGAAUCCGAGUCUGUCAUGAUUGCCGCGGAGUCUUCAUCAACACUUUCUGCAUGCCUGAAAAAUGGUGGUCGAACUAUCUCCAAAAUUCAAAUGGCUAUUUUGGAUGCGAAGCAACUCAGGAUACAGACACAGUCACUGGAAUAAAUACAUGGGGCUUCUUCCAAAGCAAGCAUCUCAAGCUAGACCUCAACUACGACUGGUCCAAAAUCAACAUCUUCAGCCGCUGGAUCAAAGAUAAAGCCACCAACAAAACCAAGACCGGAAUCAUUGUCUUCGACCCAACAGAACAAAUCAACUACGAGAACUUUCAAACCCAGACCGAAGCGAAUACCCAGGAUCCAUUCUGGGCCUGGCCCCAGAUCCUCCAUGAAGCAACAAACUUCCAAGACAGCGCCGUCUGGGGCAUCCGCGAUGUUGUCCGGAAAAUUGAGAAGCAAGAUCGACCGGAAGGUCGACCAGGACCCGAUUAUCGUCGCCUUCACGACAUUGCCCGACACGCUAUUCAUGUUACAGAGUCGCUGGAUGUGGCUGUACAGACACUAGAGCAGAUUCUUCGUCAACACCAGUGCUAUACGGGCUCAAUUGCCGGAAUCCCAUCUCAGCAACACCCCAACAUCCCCACAGAUAUUCAAUCCCAGCUAGGAUUCUCCCAAAGCUGCUUGAAUAGCCUCCGACACCGCUCAAUUUCCAACGAAAAGCGACUCCAGAAUGAAAUUCAACUCGCAUUCAAUACGGUCGCACAACAUGACGCUAGCGUGACAGUGAAAAUCAGCCAGGCCAUGAUGUCCGAUAACACGGCUUUGAAGACCCUGGCAUUCGUGACCUUCAUUUUCCUACCGCCCACUUUCAUUUCCUCGAUAUUCAGUAUGGCAUUUUUCGAUUUCAGUCCUGACUCGGGGUUCACGGUUUCCAAGGAUAUGUGGAUUUAUUGGGCGUUUGCUAUUCCUACGACGCUUCUGACGGGGGUUAUGUGGCAAUAUUGGCACAAGUUUGCGCCGAGGAAGCAGGUGCAAAGGAGGUUGCAGAGUUUCCACGGUGUCAAGUCGCAGAAAUUGCCAAAGAGUGAAGUAUGA